AUGUCUGUCAUGAGAGAACCGCACGAAACAUCUGACUUCGCCGGCGAGGAAGCAGAGUAUCGAGAAUGGGGUUGGGAGAAUGAGUUACCAAUCUCACCCGCCAUUGCUACAGGUGUAGGCAUGGGAAGCCUUUCUGAGCUUCCUGGCAUCUACCAGGCACGCAGUCCUAACAGCGACUUCGAACUCCCGGGCAACACGCAGCAGAUCUCGGAAAGCUUCAAUGCUCCCCACGAGCCCAACAACACGUUCAUGCAGUCAUUCGAGCCUCAGCAAAAAUACUACGCUGGUUUCACAAGCACAGUUCAUACUUCUCCACACGAGCAAACUCACGGACUCCAAAACACAGCAUUUUCGCCGGCGACUGAGACCACUGACCUGAACGGGAUUCCGUCAACGUGGGAAGACUUCUGGAGCUCUCUACAAACCGAAUGGCCGACAUCCACGAGCCGUAUUGCUGCUUCCACGGGAGGAUAUGGAGAACUGUCUUUUGUUGGCAACCCUGAUGGCCACGCCGUCACUCAUGAACGGGAUCUCUACCAACAUGGACAGCAAGAGGAGGCGGCGGGAUCAUUCGCAACACCAGACUAUUCCAAUGCUCCCUACAGCCAACAGCAGAUCAUCCAGCCAGAAUGUGAACCAGCAUUCAACCACUUGUUCAAUCCAACAACGCAUACUCCUUCCGGAUCAACGGCAUUUCAACUCAAUCCGACUGUCACGCGAGCCAUAGGACGGCCCCGUGGCCCGAAGAUACGUGCCUGUGCUCGUACAGGGUGCAAUGGCAACGCGCCGAGUAAUGGAAGACACAGGAGCUACUGCAGCCAUCCUGAGAUGUGGUUUAGAGAUGAACUUGCAGUGGACAAGCUCGCAUUUCAUUUUUCUCCUUCCACUCCCACUACGUACCCCUCACGGGCGACGCCCCUCGAAUCGUGCCACCAACCUAGUCAGAACCGCCGGGUGCACCGCGGGGCGAGAUUGCCUGAGCAUGUCGUACUUGACGACGAAGUUGUUACCGAAUUGGCGGCGGAGCAUAGAAGCGGGUAUGUUGGCGAGAACAGUGUCCUGAUCUCGAACCGAGCGCAACCACGAUUCGUAUUGGCGGACGAGGAAGUUGGUAGAAUAGAGAGCGGGCAUGAGGGUGAGGGAUUGCACAUUCGCACGCUCAAUGCGAGCCCAGACGGCGGCGGGGGUAAUGGUAGUGGCAGGACCGUUGUUGAAGAAGGCGAAGCGGCACCGGACGGCGAUGCGCCAAAGAAGGUGUUCGUGACCAUUGAGGGAGGUGGAGAGGAAGGAGUCGAUCUGCAGCAAGUCGAGGAAGGUGAAGAGGCGUCCCGUGUAGAGGACACGCUCCGCGACGUCGCCGAUCUUAUGGUUCACCCGGCGGAGACUAAGUAG